AUGGAGGAUGGAUUUCAAGAUGACCAGAAUUUUUAUUCUAGGUCUUUCCCCCAGUCAGAAGCUCAGUCCCCAGCGCAAUCCCAAUCUCAAUCCCAGUACUCGUCGGAUUUGACUUCACAACACCGGCAAAUACCUUCUUCUACCAUUUGCGAAUCUCCUCACUUUCCUCAAAGAUUUGACUUCGAUCCGGCACCCCCUCACCCUCCUAAACUCCCUCUUCUUACGACCUCGAAUCUACAAUUACAAACUACCAACACGAAUGGUUACAUGGAUACUUCUGAUGAUGGUGGUGAACCAGAUGACUUCUACCGAGAUUAUCAACCUCUUCAACAGACAAACAGCCCGCCAGAUCAAUUAUUAGAUAUGGCUGCUACAACAUCAGAUGUUAGACCGGCUUCCUCCACAAUGCGAUCAAGUAAUACCAGCAGUUCACCAAAACAAACUCCUUCUACCUCAAGAACUACAACGCGACCACCCUUCAGCUCAAAUCUAUCGCAUGUUGAAAGCAAUCAAAAGCAAUCAACUAAACCACUAGUCAAUGGAUAUGGAAAAGCAUCACAAAAACCAAGCGUAAAGGAUCUCUUGAAGCGCUUUGAUCAGAACAAUGAUCAGUCCCUUCUCAUGCCGCGGAAACCAGUGGUACGAACAAAAGAUAGUGCUGGGAUCAGUUCCGGAUACAUGAGAGAUCGAUCGAAUCCAUACACUACCCGCGUGGCUAGUAACCCAGGACCUAUAACUACGAGUUCGUCAUUAAGGGCAAGUAAUACUACGAGGGAGCCGGGAUCAACCAGAGUUAAAUCGCCUUCAUCCAGUACAAGAGCAAUGCAACGACCGAGAUUUGCGACGGAGGACCAACAUUCAAGUAAUGCUUCUUUGGGUUCCGCCCGCAGCAUGCGUACGAGGAAUACACCAAGUACCAAAGCCAGUUCAACUUCGAAGUCAAUGAACAAUCUUUCGCCAUCAUCUCAAUCUCAACCCCCACCCGCGGUGCCGGAGAAGCGUCCUCUGUUUGGAGAGAUUUCAACUUUAGGUCAAGGUACAUUUGAAGCUGGUUACGGUAUACCAACGGCUACAAGAAGGACAUCUGAAUCAGGGCUACCUUCGGCCAUCUUCACUGAGCAACGUUGUCGCACAGAUGCCGAUAUAUCUCCAACUUCGCCAACAGCCUGGUAUUUGGGAGUAACGCCAUCGCUCGGUGACGUAGAACCAAACAAGCCGCGAAGAUCAGGUCACAAUCGUGCCCAUAGUGACUUUGCAGACACUAAGGUAAAUACUAUGCAUAAUGUCAACCGCUCUUCUUUUCUAUUACCAGAAUCCCCAGUCAAUGCCAAGGAUUCAGGUCCAAACACUGCGCUGGAUUCUUCUCAUGUAGAAGCUGAGGGUGGAUCCGACCUUCAGCCAGCAAAGAUGUCAUCUCGACUUCCUAUUGCACUCAAACGCUCGAGUACUCAGUCAGAUAGAUCAAGUUCCCCAUCAACGCGUGCUAGUUCUCCUCUGACUGGCAAACGCCCACUUCAUGGAAAGCUUCCUCGAGAACAUCGGCCAUGGAGUCCUGCCGGACGCUCAAUGACAUCAGCAACUCGUUCUGUACCUCCUAACAGCCGUGCCAAGACACGUAGCCCAGACAAAGUCUCUAGCAGUGGUAGCUUGAAAGCUUACAUUUCCGCACCGCCCGCAAAAAACUCCCCGCCUCUGCGAAGUUCACGUCCUCGGCAACCUGUUUCUGCAGCAACAACCGCUAGUUCAAGACAAAAGGCAGUGGAUGGAUCGGCAUCGCCACAUGACACAAGAGCUGGGAUUAAAGUGACUAAAGCUGGCGGAACUUCUGAGACGAAAGGACGUAAGACAAUAACGACAGAACCAGUUAACUAUGCAGCACGGCGGGCACAAAUUACACGCGCAUAUACUAAGUCAAUCCAUGAAUCUGAACAGCAGAAGAUUCGAGCAUCUCACACAAACCAUGCCAACGGACAUAAUCCUCAAGCCACAAACGGUGACGAAAGCUCCAAGUCUGAACAUGCGAAUACUUCUACGAAUGGAGAUCAGAUACCAGAUAUGUCAUCAAUAGGGCCCGAAUCAUUACAGAUCUUGACAAGCUUCGACCCACAAAUUCCCCCGCCACCUGUUGAGCAUCAGAUUGUAAUGGAUCAAGAUUCGCCAACCUUGGGUGUUACUAACAGCAUGCCUGGAGCUUUUAUUGAAGAGGAUGUACCAAUGUCCGCAAUUUCAAAUAUUUCUGCCACGACCUUUAUUGAAAAUGAAGCGCAAACAGAAGGUGCCCGCCUUGCUCGUAUCCCGUCUAUAAAGCUUGCAGAUUCAGUUGCAGCGCCUGUUCAAGUACUUAAAGUAGAUGAUGUGACUCCUGAGGAUCGAGCAAAGAUCACAGCAGACUCUUUAGAGGUUUCUAUCGAGGCCACUUCAAUAGGAUAUACUCCGAAGGAGGGUUUUAGUGAAGCAUUACCAGAGUCCAUUGAUCAUGAUUUGACAUCAGAAGCCUCCGAAAGUCCAUCAAAUGUCAUCACCUAUGAUGAGCAAGCCAAUGUCACUGUUACAGAGCUCCCAAGUGCAAAGAUAUUGGUAUCAGAAAUUUUCAAUUCGGACUCCAUGCAUCACAUGGAUUUCGAAGUAGCUGCUCCUGCGAGUAUUAACCAUGGCAUUGCUCAGCCUACCGGUUUGGGUUUAUACGAUGAUAGUUCUCAGCAGCUGGUAGAUAUUCCCAUCAGAAUCGAAGAAGACAUGGACAGAUCCCAGUUACACUUAGAAUCAGAUAUCAUUUCUGGGGAAGGCCCCAGACUAGAAUUACCAGCUUUGCGUACUGCCCUUGCCGAGUCCCUAUCUCCACUACAGAACGAUAGACAACCGGAUUUGUACACUCCCACAGAUAUCGAGUAUGAAAGUUCUGAUGACGUUGGCGCGGGAAACACCGGGAAUACGAGUGAACAAGAAGACUUGUACGGACCAUCCUAUGAUCAGAAUCGCGAGUUAUAUCUUACAUCUGACGCCUACCACCGUGAAAACCGACAUUCUGCUUGGACCGAUUUCUCAGUUGCCACAACAGAUGACCCAGCCUCCCAAGACGAGAAUCAGAGGUGGAUAAACACAAAGAUCUCGCUUCCUGAACUGCAGAAAGCUCCGACACCGCCCCCCAAAUUGCCUCCUUCUCCCGGGCCACUUAGGCCGAUCGAAGACACAAGUUCCAUGAAUUCUUCUAGGCUUGAACUACCUCCACUGACAUCCCAUAACGGAUUCGGUCUUGGAUUCGACCCGGAUACCAUCUAUAGCGUUCCAACUGUCCCAGUAUGGUCUAACCUCACUCCUCCACUAGCCUUAGAGCAUACUUCUCGGAAAGAUGCAAUUGCUAAAUUAGGUCCCCCUACUCGUACACCCCCUCCUCCUGCUAUGCAAGAUAGUCGUCCACAAUCGGGCACCGAUCAAAUUAGCCAAAACACUACUAGCCAACAUACUCAAUCCAGACGCCCAAGCGUUGACUUGGUUUCGCCGCGACCUUCACUUUCUACACCUUCCAUUUCCACUCCUAGAUCAAGCAUGCAAAUAUCUCAGGAAGAUGAAGAGCAAGCAAUUGCCAAGAAAAAAAGCGCACGCCUAUUUACUAGGAGAAAGAUUAUUGAGGAAAUAAUUGAUACAGAAUCCGCUUAUCUGAAAGACAUGAAUGUAGUUGAGGAAAUCUACAAAGGUACAGCUGAAGCAUGCCCAAAAUUGGAUUUUGGCGAUAUCAAAACCAUAUUCAGAAAUACAGAUGAGAUUAUAGCUUUCUCAACAACUCUGCUGGAUGACCUGAAGAAAGCUGGGGCAGCUGUCUACACUUCUAAGGCUCGCGCCAGACAAAGUAAAGCUACAUCCACAACGACUACUGCGCUAAAUACCCCUGUAUCGCUGGGUCCAAACGACAGUAGCUCAGAUCCUACAGAAUCCAAUGAUUUCAAUGAAGAAAGGGACCGAAAGACCUAUAUUGGUUAUACCUUUGGCAAACAUCUCAGGAGGAUGCAAGAGGUCUACACAGAAUUUUUGAAAAAUAGCGAACUGGCAGCAGACCGCUUGAGGAUCUUGUCAGCGGACCCUGCCGUUAAUGUUUGGCUUAUUGAAUGCAACAAUGUCGCAAAGGACUUAACGGCUGCUUGGGAUCUCGACGCUCUGAUGGUUAAACCAGUCCAACGGGUCACUCGAUACCAGCUAUUAAUCGACAACCUCGUGAGACAUACAGCUGAAGAUCACCCAGAUUUCAAUGCUCUUUCGAUUGCUGCCCGAGAAACAUUGAAUUUAUUGCAGACUAUUGACAAGCUCAAGGAACGUAUUUCAGUCGUCGGGAAGAUUGUUGGUCGAAAACGCAAGGAAUCAGAAGUCCGCCUUGGAAUCGCCAAGGCAUUUGGACGACGAUCAGAGAAGUUGACUUCUAACGUGGUUCGGCCCCAUGACGAUGAAGUGUUUGUCAAGUUGCAUGAAAAGUUUGGUCAUGAUUACCUACGACUGCAAGUAGUCAUGCGUGAUGUUGAAUACUAUACUCGACAGGUCGCUACUUGGGUCAACGAUUUUCUCAGAUUUCUUUCUGCCAUGGAAAUAAUCAUGCGACAUAGCCCUUCUUCAUACCCAGAAAUGGAAGCUCGGUGGUCCCAGUUUAACCUUUCCAUGAGAGAUAUGGGGAGUGUUGCUUUGGAAAGUCAUGUAGGACAGAUCCGAAAGGAAGUUAUUGAGCCAAUCGAAGCUGUGAUUCGGUUGUAUUCUGGGCCUACUGAAUUCAUGAAGAAACGCGCGAAAAGGCGCGUAGAUUAUGAAAAGCUAAUGGCUGUCAAAGCCAAUGGCAAGAAGCCUGACGAAAAGCUUCAAUUGCUAGCCAAAGAAUACGAUGCUCUGAAUGAAACGUUGAAGACGGAUAUGCCCCGGCUCUCAGUAUUGACGGCGCAGGUAGGACAAACAAUUCUUGCCAAACUUAUCUUCAGUCAAACAGCCUGGUACUACAUCUGGCAAGAGAAGGUCAAGACUGUGUUGGAUGCUAACCAAAUACCAAUGAACGAGAAUGACAUUUUACAAUCAUUCGAGCGGGAUUACAAGUAUGUGCUCGCACAAACCCAAGAGCUUCGCCUCAUCAACGGUACAUUCGAGGUGGAUUGCUUUUUGGACAGAUUAGAUUCGACCCCCGUUACCAGUAUCAAAGAUAACGAAUCGAUAAAAACAAAAGGCCGACUAUCUGAUUCGUCCGCUCGUCCACGAGUUCUAUCCUUGGCAGCUCCACAUGAUACAUCUCCAUGUCUACCGACUCCAGAUUUUGCAAAGCGACAUAGUGGUCAAUUUUCAUUCUCGCCAAUUAUGGCAAAUGGUCCUGGCUUCCCAGCGCAUGCUCCAUAUCAACCAGCAGCUUACUCUGUAGGACAUUCUCGUGCUGGCUCGGGCUCUCCUGCGACACCAGAUGCGAAUGCCCCUCGUCUUUAUGGUUCUACCAGACCAUCAACAUCACGAAGCAUUACUUCGGAUAAUGGUGGCGUGGCAAGAAUUAGCACAGACCUUGGACAUCGUAGGGAAUCAAGUUCCACUCAAGCAUCUGCAUCAUACAUGGUAGAUGGUCCUCUUCGCGAUCAACGACCGUUCUCAGGUAUUUUCCAUUCGGCAAUGCCUUUACCCGAUGGCCCUGAGGAUAGCGUUCGAUCCUCGAGAGCAUCCUCAGUGGAUCGUGCCCAUGGAAGUCGGUACAAUGUCAUCUACCUGGCAGCAAGCUUAUUUGAGUUUAAUAUUGCAGCAACUAAGACUGAAGCUGGUUACCCUUAUCUGACCUACUCACCCGGUGAAAUCUUUGAUGUCAUUGGUGAGAAGGGCGAGCUCUGGUUGGCUAAAAAUCAAGAUGAUGGCUCUGAUCAAGUUGGCUGGAUCUGGAGUAAGCACUUUGCUCGUCUCGCCAUGGAUUGA